CAGGCGCAGGGAUCCACCAUUCAUCACACAUUCAUCUACGAGCAUGAAGGGGUGGUGGCUCCGUAGGGCGACGGCGAUGCAGACUAAAAAUAGCGGCGAAGAUUGUCAGGUUUUGUUUUUACGGUAGACUUUGAAUACCAGCAGAAAGUGGGAGAAGCGAUGUCGUAGAAUUGUGCCGGGGAUGAGGAUCGGAGACGGCGAGGACGAGGCAACUACACGUGGGAAUGAGGCGUGGAUUGAAUCGUGGACUCUCCGGGCGCCCCUUCUCUCAAUAUCGACUGCUCUAGGCACCCUUUAAAGGGUGCGGUCAGGCUGUUCCCACUCUCGAGGCUGCCACUCCUGGAUGUUACACUUGUCGAUUCGUGCCGCGCUGCAUCCUUUCCGGGUGAACACAGCUAGUGAACGCAGCUAACGGUUGAUGGGUUUAUGGUGCUCAGCUGCAUAUUCAUCGUAAUCUGAAGUAUGAAAAGUCCCUCUCCGCGCUUCAGUUAUUGCGCAACAUAUUCUUUUUUCAUCAGCGGGAAGAGGCCUACUGAAGAUUUGAUCGAGGUGGUGGUUGCUUUUGCUGAAGUACGUGAGGUCUGGUAGUUGGUUGAGAGGGUUUCCGUGGAGGAGGUGGCGUCUUGUUACUGGGAGUUUCUUCGAUCUGGGGUUUGAUCGUUGGUGUUUCGUUUCGUUUCGUUUCGUUUUGUUUUUUCUUUUCUUUUCUUUUCUUGCAGUGCAUUCAGUUCGAGUGAGUGUGUUUUUUUUUUUUUUUUUUUUUUUUUUUUUUUUCCUUUUGCGUUGGAUUGGUAGAACAAUGGUAGUGGUGAGAUGCGUGGUAUGAAGCGCAAACUGCGUCUCAAUCUAGUGAUUGUGGCUUGUUGACGUAAACGCCGGAGCCUGCAAUCUGCUCUUUAGCUUUAGGGUUGGAAUAGUUGAUUUCUUACAUGAAGUCGACGUUACGUUUAGUCGAGCCUUUGGCAGCCUCAGGCUGCCACGGCGCAGCUUCCGUUUCCUCAGCUCAACGGAAGGUGGGCGAUUCAUGGGGGUAUAGCCCGAAGCGAGUGGCAUUCCACAAGCAAGGUCGAAGCUAUACGUGUAUCAAGUGUGAGCAGAAUGCAGGGGAUUCGUCAAGAGUGGUGUAUAAUAACCAGGCGCACCUAGAGAGAGAGGCUUUGCAAGAGAAGGUGGUAGUCUCCUCGUUACAAGGUGCAACCCCCGAAGAUUCAAUAUGUGUCGACACGAAGAGUUCAUCCAGGAGGGAAGAUGUCUUGGUCGAAGAGUUGUCGCAGCGACCAGAAUCAGUCGACUCUAAUACGAACGAUGGAGCAGGAAGCAAUGGAAAUGGUUAUAAAGCGCUCGAUGAGAGUCCUCUGGAGGCAGAAGCAUGGCGGUUGUUGAAGAAAGCGGUGGUGAGUUAUUGUGGGCAGCCAGUGGGCACUAUCGCAGCCAAUGACCCCACCGACCCGUACCCCUUAAACUACGAUCAGGUGUUCAUUAGAGAUUUCAUCCCGUCAGCGAUUGCGUUCCUGCUCAAAGGGGAGCACGAGAUUGUUCGCAACUUCAUUCACCAUACCCUCCAACUCCAGAGCUGGGAGAAGACGGUGGAUUGCUACACCCCGGGCCAGGGAUUGAUGCCAGCAAGUUUCAAGGUGCAAACGGUAUUCUUAGAUCGUGAAGGAGUGAAGGAAACUGAAGAAAUAUUGCAACCUGAUUUUGGGGAGGCGGCCAUUGGGCGAGUUGCUCCUGUAGAUUCCGGGUUGUGGUGGAUCAUAUUGUUAAGGGCUUACGGCAAGUGCACAGGAGACCUUACAUUACAGGAAAGAGUGGACGUGCAGACUGGGAUCAAGAUGAUCUUGAAGGUUUGUUUGGCUGAUGGCUUUGACAUGUUCCCAUCCUUGCUGGUGACGGACGGCUCCAUGAUGAUUGACCGGCGCAUGGGCACGCACGGACAUCCCCUUGAGAUACAGGCCUUGUUUUAUCACGCUUUGCGAUGUGCUAAGGAGAUGCUCCACCCUGAAGCCCAUGAUUUAAUUCGAUCAGUCAACUCCAGGCUGGCUGCCUUGUCUUUCCACAUCCAGGAGUACUACUGGUUAGACAUCCGCAAGCUAAAUGAAAUCUACAGGUAUAGGACCGAGGAAUACUCCAGCGACGCAGUUAAUAAGUUCAACAUUUAUCCGGAUCAGAUUUCCCGGUGGUUGCUGGAUUGGUUGCCAGAGCAGGGAGGCUACUUCAUAGGCAACUUGCAACCUGCGCACAUGGAUUUUCGAUGGUUUACUUUGGGAAAUAUAUGGUCAAUCUGUAGUGCUCUGGCGACGAAGGAGCAGUCCGAAGAAAUUUUGACGCUCGUUGAAAAGAAAUGGGAGGAUCUCAUCGGCACAAUGCCGUUGAAAAUCUGCUACCCUACUCUUGAAGAGGAUGAGUGGCGUAUUAUUACUGGGGCAGACCCCAAAAAUACAGCUUGGUCGUAUCACAAUGGAGGUUCAUGGCCGGUUCUUCUUUGGCAGUUCACUCUUGCUUGUAUUAAGAUGGGCCGCUCGGAUCUUGCUGAGAAAGCAGUAGCAAUUGCUGAGAAACGUCUUUCGAAAGAUUGGUGGCCUGAAUAUUAUGACACCAAAUCGGGCCGCUUUAUUGGAAAGCAAGCUCGGCUGUACCAAACCUGGUCGAUUGCUGGUUAUUUAACCUCGAAAUUGUUGUUAAAGAAUCCUGACGCCGUUAAAUGGCUUACAUGUGAAGACGACGAGGACGCCGCUUCCAUCUCGUGUGUUGACAUGAAUCCUCGUCGGAACCCGGACUUGAAACCGCAAGGAGACCGUCACAUUGUAUAGAUUUGAGUUUAGAUCGUUUAAUUUUAGAUUAUUUUCAUUGUUUUCUAUCACAUUGGCUGGGGCUCAAAAUCAGUACAGUCUCUUCCAGCAAGGUCCACAAAGACUCACAGUUUUACCACGUCAGAUGCGUCGUUAGGAAGGUUUUAGCAGAUAUCACCUGGAAAUUGGUUGCUCUGCAUUGUUGCUGAAUAUUAGUUUUAGACUUCAGAAACCCCACAACAUCGAAAUACUAAAAUGGACCUUUUUGACCAACGUUCUCAAAAAA